AUGCGAGAAGAGCAGACUACUGGCACCGCGCAACUAUCCGAGGAGCAGGUACCCUCGAAGAAGAAUCGUUAUCGGAAACCAAAGCCAUGGGACUCGGACGAUAUAGAUCACUGGAAAGAAGAUCCUUUUAGUGAAAAGGAUUCCUCAGGGCCUUUUCUUGAAGAAUCUUCUUUCGCGACGCUUUUCCCGGCAUACCGGGAGCAGUAUCUGCGUCAAAUAUGGCCACUCGUGACACAGCAUCUGCAGAAAACAGGUAUCGCCUGUGAACUGAACCUCAUCGAAGGCACUAUGACCGUCCGAACAACGCGCAAGACCUACGAUCCUUUUGCAGUUUUCAGAGCGCGAGACUUUAUCAAGCUGCUUGCGCGCUCUGUGCCAGUACAGCAAGCAGCGCGCAUCCUGUACGACGAAAAGCUGUACUGCGAUAUCAUCAAAAUCAGUGGCUACGUUCGAAGUCGGGAUCGUUUUCUUAGACGUCGAGAGCGACUAAUCGGUCCGAACGGCAGCACGCUGAAAGCGAUCGAGCUGUUAACGAACUGUUACGUGCUCGUUCAGGGGAACACGGUUGCAGCGAUGGGCGACCACAAGGGUCUGAAACAGGUGCGCCGCAUCGUCGAAGAAUGCAUGCAGAACGUCCAUCCCAUAUAUAAUAUUAAGAGACUGAUGAUCAAACGCGAGCUUGCGAAGGACCCAGAGCUUGCGAAAGAAAACUGGGAACGCUUUUUGCCGCAGUUCAAGAAACGAAACCAGAAACGGCGCAGAGGAAAGCAUCAAACUGAUCAACAAGAGGGCGGGAGUAAGGCUUAUGAGCCGUUCCCGCCUCCGCAACGACCGCGCAAGAUUGACCUCAUGAUCGAAAGCGGUGAAUACUUUUUGACAGAGCAACAGAGAGACCAAAAGCGGAAAACGGAGCGGGAACGAAAGUCGGAAGCGGUAGCACUAGAGCGUCGGAAAGAGCGGGCCAAGGUUUGGGAUGCGCCCUCUCACGAACAAAUGGCCCAAGCCCGGGAGAAAAGACGCCGCCUCCUGGAGCAAACAUCAUCCGAGGCUGUCUGA